UGAGGAGCAGCAAACUAGAUUCCUCUGGACGCGAGAAGGAAUCCACAUGUGUGGGAGUCAUCCUCGGGUAUAUAAGGAUCUACUCCUCCUCGGAACCAAACAGACCUAUAAUCGUGUUGCUGAAAGCUCCAGCAUCUAUAAUACCACCAUGAAUUGUCUGCUGCUGGUUGUUAUAGUGGGUGUGAUUACCCUGAUGGAGCCGUCCAGAGUCAUGCCUCAUCCCUACGCCCUGGCCUACCCUGUCCCCAUGGCUGAUCCACAGUAUGGGCAGAGAUUGAGUCGCGAAUACCACCGUGGUAGUCACGAAGGUGGUUAUGGCCAGGGUGGCUUUGGCCAGGGUGGUUUUGGUCAAAGCGGUUUUGGCCAAGGUGGUUUUGGUCAAAGCGGUUUUGGCCAAGGUGGUUUUGGUCAAAGUGGUUUUGGCCAAGGUGGUUUUGGUCAAAGCGGUUUUGGCCGAGGUGGUUUCGGUCAGAGCGGUUUUGGCCAAGGUGGCUUUGGUCAAAGCGGUUUUGGCCAAGGUAGUGGUUCUCACGAGCGUGGUGGUUUCUAUGGUUAAUCUUUGCCUGUGUUCCUUGAGACUCCAAAAAUAUCUAAGACACAUGAUCCUUAUUAGACAAAUAAUCUUUGCAAGUUUAUAUGUGUCAUGUUAUAUACGAAGAGAAGGUAUUUUAAAAUUAAACUUACUGACAUAUGCAUGUUCAAAUUAAUGACGCUUAACACUCAAAAGUAAAGAAGCACUAAAUAAACGGAACUUAUUA